AUGCCGGCCCCCGUCGUGGAUACCGCAAAAGAUAUCACAAAGAAGCGCAAGAGAAAGCACGGUUCAAACGCUCGCGCGACCGAAAAUGGCGAAAAUGGAGCAGAGACUAAGGUCAAGACUAAGUCGACAAAGGACAAGAACCUUAAGCUUGCUAAGAAGGUCGUGAAGGAAGAGGCUCUCAAGAAGCGGAAAGUGAGCCAUUCGCCUAGCGGGGAGGAGAGUGGGAGUGAAGAGGAGGAGCAGGAGCAGGAUGCUGCUUCCGAGGAGAAGGGCGCUGAAGAUGAGUCCGAGGGAGAAGGGGAGAAGGCGCCCGAACUACCUUCCAUGGAUGCGGUCAGCUUGCCGCAGCCGGAUGGUGGUCCCAAGAAGUUCACGGAGUUGAAUCUCUCCGAGAAGACACUUCAGGCUAUCAAGGAUAUGGGAUUUGAGACGAUGACGGAGAUCCAGCAGCGUACGAUUCCUCCGCUUCUUGCAGGCCGUGAUGUUCUCGGUGCUGCGAAGACUGGAUCAGGGAAGACAUUGGCUUUCUUGAUUCCCGCUAUUGAGAUGCUCAGUGCGUUGCGAUUCAAGCCUAGAAAUGGUACCGGUGUUCUUGUGGUGUCCCCGACCCGUGAGCUGGCACUUCAAAUUUUCGGCGUGGCCAGAGAACUCCUGGCGGGACACAGCCAAACGUAUGGUAUUGUCAUUGGAGGUGCGAACCGACGCGCGGAGGCGGAGAAGCUCACCAAGGGUGUUAACUUACUCAUUGCGACGCCCGGUCGUUUACUGGAUCACUUACAAAAUACCCCCGGCUUUGUGUUCAAGAACCUGAAGACCCUUGUUAUCGACGAGGCGGACCGAAUUCUGGAAGUCGGUUUCGAGGACGAGAUGCGCCAGAUUAUCAAGGUCCUUCCCUCCGAAGAUAGACAGACUAUGCUGUUUUCUGCCACACAGACCACCAAGGUUGAGGAUUUGGCGCGGAUAUCGCUCCGACCUGGACCUCUGUACAUCAACGUGGACCACAGAAAGGAGCAUAGUACGGUAGAGGGUCUGGAACAGGGAUACGUUAUCUGUGAGGCUGACAAGCGGUUUUUACUGCUUUUUUCAUUCCUGAAGCGUAACCUCAAGAAGAAGAUCAUUGUUUUCUUCUCUAGCUGCAACUGUGUGAAGUACCACGCCGAACUUCUCAACUACAUCGACCUGCCGGUUCUGGAUCUUCAUGGAAAGCAGAAACAGCAAAAGCGUACCAACACUUUCUUCGAAUUCUGCAACGCCAAGCAGGGAGUCCUCAUCUGCACAGAUGUUGCUGCAAGAGGCUUAGAUAUUCCUGCCGUUGACUGGAUCAUCCAGUUCGAUCCUCCGGAUGACACCCGCGACUACAUUCACAGAGUCGGACGUACCGCGCGUGGUGCCGACGGCAAGGGCCGCAGCUUGAUGUUCCUGCAGCCGUCCGAAGUCGGGUUCCUGAAGUAUCUCAAGGAAGCGCGAGUGCCAGUUGUGGAGUUUGAUUUCCCGGCUAAGAAGAUUGUCAACGUGCAGUCUCAACUCGAGAAGCUGAUUAGUCAAAACUACUACCUCAACAAGUCCGCCAAAGAAGGUUACCGUUCUUACAUCCAAGCUUAUGCGUCGCACUCGUUACGCUCCGUCUUCGACGUACACAAGCUGGAUCUUGUCAAGGUGGCCAAGGGCUUCGGUUUCAAUGCGCCUCCUCGUAUCGAUAUCCAGCUUGGGGCGAGUCUCAGCCGAGACAAGAAGCAGCAGCAGCAGGGACGACGCAAUUACGGCAGCCAGCCAAAGGGCGGUUUGAAGUUCAAGAGGAAGCAUGAGGAUGAUUAA